UCUACACUGACCAAUCAAGAGCCCAACUUGCUAGAUAUAUAGUGAAAGAGAUCUACAAUUGCAAAGCUCUCUUCUUUUCCCUUACAGGCUAGACUAACAUGCCUUCAUUGCAAAGGGAUUGAUCAGUACUCCCCUCUUGUUAUAGUAAAACAUAAGUUGAAGAGAAUGUUGCAAAACCCUAGCCCACAGGUCCCCCCCUUUCCACAUUAGGGCAGCCCUCCCUAUCCUGCUUCCACACCACCCAUCAGCCACAUGGUGAGACAUGCCAUGCUACCCAAAUCAUCACAUUGUACCUUCAUGUGUAUAUAUAUUUCUCUCCUCUUUACACCUAAUUACACUAGCUGGCUAGUCUCGACCAUAUUUCUAGCUACCUAUAGCUCCUCCAUAGCUGCUAGCUCUUCUCCAUCACAAAUUAAGAUGGUUGGCAAGGCACAGCACCAUCACCAUGGCUCCUCCUCACUUGGGGCGGAGGAGCUCAACCUGCUGCACAUGGCCGGGGGAUCCCCGGACGGUGGCGGCGGCCGCGGUGAGAGCCGGGGCGCGCUGGGCCAGUGGAAGUGCAGGCUGCUCGGCUCCCUGGGCGGCCUCCUCCCACGGCGCGCGCGCUGCGUGGUGUGCCUGCAGGUGCAGCACGUCACCGGCCUGCCCCCGGCCGCGGAGGGACGCGGCGUGGUGGUCGGGUGGCGGAGCAGGGGCGGCGCGGGGGAGCACACGGCGCCUGCGCGGGUGACGCGGGGCGCGGCCGCGUUCGAUGACGUGUUCCUGCACUACUUCAGCGCCGGCGGCGCCACGCUGCGGAGCUUCACCGUGUGGGCGGCGCUCCUGGACUCGCCGGCGAACGGAGAUCUCGGCGCGUUCCCCGUGGACCUCACCGAGAUCGCCGCCGCGGAGACCUCCAACCCCAAGUUCGGAGGCAAGGCGCUCAGCUUCCCGCUUGGCGGGGCGGCAGCCGGUGCGGUGCUCACCGUCAGCAUCUACUGCAGAGUGAUGGAGCCCGAUGAGAACCAUGGGGGGGCUAAUGCAGGUCAUGCACGGGAGAAGAAGAACAAGGGCAGGGGCUCGUACGCCUCCUGUCUGCCGGACCUGAGCUGCCUCCGCAACCGGCAGGUGGCGGCGGCGGCAUCCGGAUCGGCGCGCCGUGCGACGUCCAUCCGCUCCGACCGUGGCGGCGGCUUCAUCACGAUCGAGAACUCGGUGGCCGAGAUGGACGGCGGCGGCGCGGCCGCCUUCCGCGUGUCGUCGGAGGACGUGGACGAGGAAGGCGCCGGGUUCAUCACCAUGGAGAAGGGCACGGUGUCGUCGCGGUCGAGGCGGCCGCUGCCCGACACGGUGACGGUGUCGUCGCCCGCCGACGAGGAGGACGAGAAGCCGUGCCUGUUCAUGGAGCUGUCGGAGGAGGCCGUCGCGUCGGCGUUGGACGUGGACAAGGUGGAGGACGAGUUCCUGGCGAUGCUGGAGGACAGGUACUGGGCGAGGAGCAAGGAGAUCGAGAAGGGGCUGAGCGUGAGCCUGGACAUCGGGCUGGACCUGGGCCUGGACCUGGACUCGCUCAUCAAGGACGCCGAGAUGGAGCUCGCCAAGGCGGAGCAGGCGUGGAAGAGCAAGGUCGGCGCCGCCAUCGUGGAGGAGGAGGAGUACAAGGACCUCGUCAGGAGGUGGAGCGCCAGGGAGUCUGCUGCUGCUGGCUGCUCCUGGGGCUUUGGAUUCGGGAGCCCAAUCUGAUGCCUAUCUCACCCAAAUUCAUGCAUUACAUGAAUGGGAUAUAUGUUGAUCCAGAAAUUAAAUGUAUUGCUAUUUGCCUGCUAUAUAUAUAGCUGUAAUAUUAUUGGUAAAAGGACAAACAAAAGAGAAAUCAUAAAAUGGAUCAUUUGA